AUGGCUCCCAUGCUCCUGAGCCAACUGGGCGCCUGGCAUCCCCGGGAGGAGGCCUCGGAGGAGCAGGGUGGUGGAUGGGACAAGAACAAGAACGAGGACACUGCUGUAAAGCUCACUUCCUCUGAGAGCUCUCCCCCGGGUGCGGCCGCCCCGACCCCUGGCCAGAUCCCCGACGAGCCCCGGCUCCGGUCAUGGCGGAGGUGGAGCUGGGGCCUGGACCCUCACCCAGCCCCCUCCUCCCCACAGUGUCCCUGUCGAGGAGCCCCGUGGCCCCUGUCGCUGCUGGUGCAGGCCAUGGUGCUGGCUGCGGCCCGGGCCCUGGGCACCCUGCCUGUCUUCCUGCCCUGCGAGCUGAAGCCCCACGGCCUGGUGAACUGCGACUGGCUGUACCUGAAGUCCGUACCCCGCUUCUCGGCAGCAGCACCCCACGGCAACGUCACCAGCCUUUCCCUGGCCUCCAACCGCAUCCACCACCUGCGCGACGCCGACUUCGCCCAGCUGUCCAGCCUGCGGCAUCUCAGCCUCCAGUGGAACUGCCCGCCAGUCAGCCUCAGCCCCAUGCGCUUCUCCUGCCACAUGACCAUCGAGCCCAACACCUUCCUGGCCGUGCCCACCCUGGAGGACCUGAAUCUGAGCUUCAAUGCCAUCACUACUGUGCCCGCCCUGCCCAGCGCCCUCGUGAAGCUGUCCCUGAGCCACACCAACAUCGUGGUACUGGACCUCACCAGGUUUGCUGGCCUGGAUGCGCUCCGCUCCCUGAUCCUGGACGGCAACUGCUACUACAAGAACCCCUGUGGGAAGGCCCCUGUGGUCUCGGGGCCCCCGCAUGGCCUGGGCAACCUCACCCACCUGUCACUCAUGUACAACAACCUCACGCAGGUGCCCCGCGAGCUGCCGCCCAGCCUGGAGUUCCUGCUCUUGUCCUACAACCGCAUUGUGCAACUGGAGCCUGAGGACCUGGCCGGGCUGAGGGCCCUGCGCGUGCUGGACGUGGGCGGGAACUGCCGACGCUGUGACCACGCCCGCAACCCCUGCGAGGAGUGCCCCCGCCGCUCCCUCUCCCUGCACCCCAACACCUUCAGCCACCUGAGGCAUCUGGAAGGCCUGGUGUUGAAGGACAGCUCCCUGCACACGCUGGACCCCAGAUGGUUCCACGGUCUGGGCAACCUCACCACGUUGGACCUGAGCGAGAACUACCUGUACUUCUGCAUCACGGACACCACAGCCUUCCAGGGCCUGGCCCGGCUGCGCCGACUCGACCUGUCCUUUAACUACCACAAGAAGUCGUCCUUUGCCCAGCUGCGGCUGGCGCCGUCCUUUGGGAGCCUGCUGUCCCUGCAGGAGCUGGAUGUGCACGGCAUCUUCUUCCGCUCGCUCAGCGAGGACACGCUCCAGCCGCUGCUCCGCCUGCCCCAGCUCCGGAGGCUGCACCUGCAAACCAACUUCAUCACCCAGGCCUGGCUCGGCGUCUUCGGGGCCUUCCAGGGCCUGAGCUUCGUGGACCUGUCGGACAACCGCAUCAGCGGGGCUUCCGGGCCGGCGGCCACCGCGGGGGAGACAGGUGGCACGCAGCAGGUCUGGCUGCCGUCCGCUGACUGGGCUCCAGUCACUGGGGGCGGCCGCGGCUCUGAGGACUUCAUGCCCCACUGUAGCAGGUUCAACUUCACCUUGGACCUGUCCCGUAACAACCUGGUGGAGGUCCAGCCGGAGGUGUUCGCAGGGCUCUCGAACCUCCAGUGCCUGCGCCUGAGCCACAACAACAUCGCGCAGGUAGUCAACGGCUCGCAGUUCCUGCCGCUGACCAGCCUUCAGGUGCUGGACCUGUCCCACAACAAGGUGGACCUGUACCAUGGGCGCUCGUUCACGGAGCUGCCGCGCCUGGAGGCCCUGGACCUCAGCCACAACCGGCAGCCCUUCAGCAUGCGGGGCGUGGGCCACAACCUCAGCUUCGUGGCCCAGCUGCCCACCCUGCGCUACCUGAGCCUGGCCCACAACGGCAUCGGCGGCCGCGUGUCCCCGCAGCUCCACAGCACCUCGCUGCGGGCGCUGGACUUCAGCGGCAACAUCCUCAGCCGGAUGUGGGCCGAGGGAGACCUCUACCUGCACUUCUUCCGAGGCCUGAGGGGCCUGCUCCGGCUGGACCUGUCCCAGAAUCACCUGCACACCCUCCUGCCCAGAUGGCUGGGCAGCCUCCCCAAGAGCCUGCGCCUCCUGCGGCUCCGAGACAACUCCAUGGGCUUCUUCAACUGGACGGCGCUGGCCCUCCUGCCCAACCUGGAAGCUCUGGACCUGGCAGGAAACCACCUGAAGCUGCUGGCCAAUGGCAGCCUGCCCAACGGCACCCGGCUGCAGAGGCUGGACCUCAGCUGCAACAGAAUCCGCUCUGUGGCCCCCGGCUUCUUUGCCCUGGCCGUGGAGCUGCGACAGCUGAACCUCAGCAACAACGCCCUCCAGACCAUCCGCUCGUCCUGGUUCGGGCCCCUGGCGGGCGCCCUGCAGCUGCUGGACGUGAGCGCCAACCCUCUGCACUGCACCUGUGGCGCGGCCUUCCUGGACUUCCUGCUGGAGGUGCAGGCUGCCGUGCCCAGGCUCCCCAGUGCCGUGCAGUGUGGCAGCCCGCGCCAGCUGCAGGGCCUCAGCAUCUUUGCUCAGGACUUGCGCUUCUGCAAGGAUGAGGCCCUCUCGCGGGCCUGCUUUGGCUUCUCGCUGCUGGCAGUGGCCCUGGGCCUGGCCGUGCCCAUGCUGCACCACCUCUGUGGAUGGGACGUCUGGUACUGCUUCUACCUGGUGCUGGCCUGGCUCCCCUGGCGGCGACGGUGGGCUGUGGACGCCCUGCCCUACGAUGCCUUUGUGGUCUUCGACAAGGCAGAGAGCGCCGUGGCCGACUGGGUGUACAACGAGCUGCGGGGGCAGCUGGAGGAGCGCCGUGGGCGCCGAGCGCUGCGCCUGUGCCUGGAGGAGCGGGACUGGCUGCCUGGCCAGUCGCUCAUCGAGAACCUGUGGGCCUCAGUCUACAGCAGCCGCAAGACACUGUUUGUGCUGGCCCACAGCGACCGGCUCAGUGGCAUCUUGCGUGCCAGCUUCCUGCUGGCCCAGCAGCGCCUGCUGGAGGAGCGCAAGGACGUGGUAGUGCUGGUGCUGCUGCACCCGCCCGCCCACCGCUCCCGCUACGUGCGGCUGCGCCAGCGCCUCUGCCGCCGCAGCGUCCUCCUCUGGCCUCGCCAGCCCAGCGGCCAGGGCAGCUUCUGGGCCCAGCUGAGCACGGCCCUGACCAGGGACAACAGCCAUUUCUAUAACCGGAACUUCUGCCGGGGGCCCACAGCUGAAUAGCUCAAGAGCCACAGCCGGGAGGGGCUGCACCUCCAAAACUCCUGGCCUCCCUGCCUGGCAUCCCAGCCUCUCACAGCUGCCAUACAGCAGGCACUUAAUAAAUGCUGCCACGGAAGUGAAGGAAAAAUCGCCACGGAAGCCAGGUAGAAAGAGCUUUUCCAAACAGGGCAGGUGUCGGGCGUGGCGGUGGGGGUGCUGCCUGGGUUUGCGUCCCGGCUCAGCUCCUGACUCCGGCUUCCUGCUAAUGCGGGCCCUGGGAGACACCAGGUGACGACUCAAGUAGUUGGGUCCCUGCCACCCACAGGGGAGACCUAAACUGAGUUCUCAGUUGCCAGCUUCGUUCUGGUGCUGCCCCAAGCAGUUAGGGGAAUGGGUCAGUAGACGGGAGUCUCUCUCUUCUCGGCCUCUUUGUCUCUCAAAUAAAUAAACAGAGUUGGGAGGCUGCUGGGAAGCAUGACUCCAGCUGCUGCCUAGGAAGGUGAACCCAGGUGCACGACUGCUGGUUUCCAGCACAGGUCACUGCCCCGAGCUCACGGACGCAAGACGCACUUCCGGAGGCCUCACACC